AUGAGGGCCGCGGCGCGAUCAGACUUCGAAAGCGGCCAACCCGCCAGGGCAGAUAACGGGCCAAACAAGGGCGAACACGGAGCGUCCAACAACAACGAAGGUUACAACGAAGAACCACCCACAAAAGUACGCAGAACGAAUAAGGCCUGCAUACAAUGUCGUGUCCGAAAACAGCGAUGCGACGGUCUAUCGCCCGAGGCUCCGACCGCUUCGUGUAGUCGAUGCAUACAUCUAGGCGUUGAAUGCUCCUUUACGACUUCGCCUAUCGGAGCUAGUAAUGAUAACGAUGCGCAGGCUACUAAGGUCGCGAAGACGGCGCAUGUGCUGGAGAGAUUGCAGAAGAGGGUUGCGGAGCAGGAUGAUCGAUUGCAAAGGCUGGAAAGGAUCACUAGUCAUCUGGAUGGUGCGAGUGUGGUUGUCACGCCGGCAAAAGAGCGUCGUAAGAGAGCUGUCCCUGCCCCUGAAGGUCAGGACUUUGAUGCGAAACGAGAAUCGGUGUACAGGCUACCAGAUCAAUCGUUUGUGCCGAAUGCAAAAUCGAUCAACUCUCCAGAAUUGCAUAGUAUCGUGUCUCACUCAGGAUAUGACGUCUAUUCUCCUCGUGCAACUACCACCGCUACUCACAACCGCCCACUUCAAGGCCAUCAUCAUGGAGCCCUUGACGCCGUUCAUUUGGAUACACCAAUGUCCACCCUCCGACACCUCCAACAAUAUGGCUACACAACCGACCAACCCGAAGCCGUCGAAGACCCCGUAUCAUGCGGGCUAAUCACCAUGUAUGAGGCCCAGGAGGCCUUUGAUCUCUUCUUCGCCUCGUGCCACAAAUGGGCGCCCGUAUUAUGCCCACGAACACAGAAAUCAGCGGCUAGCGUUCGAAUGGCGUGUCCGACGCUCUUCACGUCAAUAUGUGCAGUCUCUUUUCGGUAUAUGGAUCCUUUCCCGUCUGCGGGACUACAGCAUCGUGAAAUUGUGAGGAUCCUCGAUGGGUCGCUCAGUCGGCUUUUGUUGAAGCCGGAUUCGUCGGAUGUGCAUUUGGGCCAUAUUCAGGCGCUCUUGUUAUACGUGCAGUGGAUGCCGGUUGAUGUACAGAACGGGGGGCUACAGGAUCGUCUGAGAACGCGAUAUAAUGAUGUCUCGGCUUGGAGUAUGCUCGGUCUAGCUAUUCGCUACGCGCUUUUUCUUGGGCUACAGGAUUCGCCAGCGGCAUUUUCACCGGAGAGACAAGCAUCGGCGACCGUUGAAGAUCUAGCACGAUUGCGUGUGUGGAUUAAUUUGUUAACGAAUGAUGCGAAUCUGAUGCUGUCGAGCGGUUUACCUGCGAGUCUGAACCCGGAACCUGUGGCAUCGGUAUCUCAGACUUUUGCAUCGCACCGUGACGCCUCCCAGCCAGAAGACAUGCGGGUUGCAGCAUUGUGUGAACUUGUGGCUAUCCUCAAACAUGCUGCGCGUAGUAGUGGUAGUCCCAACGUCCGCGCUUUAGAUGCAUUUAGCUUACGGCGUGCAAACCUUGAAUUUGAUGCUUGGGAAGUUCAUUGGAAUCAAGCGUUAGGUCCCGAGCUUAUGCAUAAUCAGAUGCCCUAUACGGCGCUACGGGCUUAUCGGCUUACUGUCAACAGCUCUUGCUUGUCGACGUUACUAGCCCGGCCGAACCCCGAGUCAUUAAGUCCUGGCAACGUUCCGCUACAUUCGAUCGAGGCACUUGACGUAUCCCUCACGGCAGCAUGCCAGACAAUCCUCGCCCUAUCCGCGCAAGCCACCUGGGAAACAUGGAGCACACACUCCUCUAUCUCAUCCAUCCCCACGGGCCCAUUCGCCAUCGACCGCACCGCAGUUGAGCGCAUAAGUUUCUCCGUCGACUCGUCAUGGGUCAGCCACAGCUUCGCCGCCGUGUUUCUAGUUCUCUGUUUCGCACGCGGCGCUAUAGACGACGACCUUAACAUCCUCGCGCUCGCAGGUUCAUCAUCCUCACUCACAACAGCAUCACGCUACCCGACCAGACCAAGACCCGAAAGUCUUCUUUCACGCUUGAUCGCGCUGGCAGCAGAGAUAUUCGACCUCAUUUGCACGAGAUACCCACUUGCGCAUCCCGCAACUGGGUAUAAGACGCUGCUCGAUGCAGUUUUUUCGCCGCUGCUGGAUGAUGGUAGCGGGAAAGAAUUUCAAGACGUAGAGUUACCGGCGCAGGGGAUUGAGAUGUAUUUGGAUGAGUUUUUUGAGUCGAUGGUUAAUAAUCCUGUAUUUGGCUAUCGGGCUGGUCGGACCUAG